CGGCGGAUGGAGCGGAGCCGCAGCGGAGCUGGAUGGAGACGUUAAGUAACGGCGCCCGGGAGCGGCUCCGGGCAGAGCCGAGCGGCAGCCGCCGGGCCGGCCCCCCCCCGCGGCCGGUAUGAGCGGAACCCCGGCGGCGGGGCAGGGGCAGGGGCAGGAGCAGGAGCGGGGGCAGGGCCGGCGGCGGCGGUGCGGGGGCACGGCGGGGGCAGAGCCGCAGUGAGCGCCCGGCGGCCACCCCCGGCCCCGCCGCUCCCGGGGGCGGCCGGCGCAUGGAGCGGCGGCGGCGGCGGCGGCCGGGCCGGCCUGGGAAAGCGCCCGGUGCGGGUGGAGAUUUCUUGCCCUGGGAGUGAGAUGAAUGGGGCUUCGUUAGACAAAGGGUCCCAGUCAGCAUUUCAGGCCCCGAGACGCGUCCAGGGACUUUUCAUUCUUUGUCUGAAAGGGCGACGGUGCCGUUUCCAUUAGAGAGAUGCUUGCGAGAGCCGGGGCCGCCGAGCGGAAAGGCGAACGAGAAGAGCUGCGUCAGCUGAUCGGCUUUCAAAUCACCUUCAAACCCUCGAUUUCCUUAACAUGAUCCCUCCAUCAGCCGAGGUGCCGGGGCACGGCCGGGGGACUUUGCCGGGAGAAGAAUAAACCGGGGACGGCGGUGACGGCUAGCGCUGGAGAAACCCCCCGUGCACGGCGCGGCGGGGGGAGCUCAAAAUCCGCCCCCGCUGCCUUCCCCAGCCCUCCCGGACUUUUUAGAGUCGGGCAAUAGCAUUGCACGGCCUCACCCUGCAGCCCCUGCCGCGCUUUCGGGGCACCCAUCUGCUCCCCCGGUACCCCCCCUGGAGCCACCUCCAGCCUGGGAGGGGGCAAACCCCCCCCGCCUUGGAGCAUCCCUGGGGCCAGAGAGCAGCUCCCCCGCGGCGCCGGCUGCUGGGGAAGGGAUGAAGACGCUAUGGCCAAAUUAUUGGUAAAACUCCAGCGGUAUUUUCGGCGAAAACCCGUGCGUUUCUUCACGCUGCUGGCUCUCUACCUGGCGGCCGGCAGCUUGGUUUUCCUGCACUCGGGUUUUGCCGGGGAGCCCACGGUGCCGGGGAGCCAGCGCGGCCCCGGGGCCAGCGAGGGGCCGGGGCUGCCCUACCUGGGGGUGAUGCAGCUGAGCCGCGGCUUCAAGGCGGCGGUGGCGACGAUGCCGGAGGUGGGACGGCGGCACGGACCGUGGUUCAAAAGCACCUCCAAGGAACCGGCGGAGAGGGGCAAAGCCGGAGACUACGGCAGCACCCGGAGCCGGGCGCUCAGGGGCAGGAGCGGCCGCGAGAAGGAGGAGGACAGAGCAAGAUACAUCGGCUGCUACGUGGACAACACUCGCCGGCGAACGCUGCGCGGCGUGUCCUUCUUUGACUACAAGAAGAUGACAGUCUUCCGUUGCCAGGACAACUGCGCCGAACGGGGCUACCUCUACGCGGGGCUGGAAUUCGGCGCCGAGUGCUACUGUGGGCACAAGGUCCAGGCGUCGAACGCCAGCGAGUCCGAGUGCAACAUGGAGUGCAAGGGGGAGAGGAGCAACACCUGCGGCGGGGUCAAUCGCCUCUCCAUCUACCGCCUGGAGCUGGCCCAGGAAUCCGCCAGGAGAUACGGCAGCGCGAUAUUUCGGGGGUGCUUCCGCCGGCCGGACAACAUCUCCAUCGCCCUGCCCGUCAGCCAGCUCAUGCUGAACAUGUCAGUGGACAAGUGUGUGGACUUCUGCACCGAGAAGGAGUACCCGCUGUCGGCCCUGGCCGGGACCGCCUGCCACUGCGGCUUCCCCACCACCCUCUUCACCUUGCACGAGCGCGAGGACGAGCAGCUCUGCGCCCAGAAAUGCGCUGCCGAGGAGUUCGAGAGCUGCGGCACCGCCGAAUACCUCCUCGUCUACCAGACCCAAGUGCAAGACAACCGCUGCAUGGACAGGAGGUUCCUCCCCACCCGUGCCAAGCAGCUGGUGGCCCUGGCCAGCUUCCCCGGCGCCGGCAACACCUGGGCACGCCACCUGAUCGAGCUGGCCACCGGCUUCUACACCGGCAGCUACUACUUCGACGGGUCUCUCUAUAACAAAGGGUUCAAGGGCGAGAGGGACCACUGGCGAAGCGGGAGGACGAUUUGCAUCAAAACCCACGAAAGCGGCCAGAAGGAGAUCGAAUCCUUCGAUUCGGCCAUCCUGCUCAUCCGAAACCCCUACAAGGCUCUGAUGGCGGAGUUCAACCGCAAAUACGGGGGGCACAUCGGCUUCGCGGCUCACGCCCACUGGAAGGGCAAAGAGUGGCCUGAGUUCGUGGCCAACUACGCGCCGUGGUGGGCGACCCACACCCUGGACUGGCUGCGCUACGGCAAGAAGGUGCUGGUGGUGCACUUCGAGGACCUGAAGCGGGACCUCUUCGUCCAGCUGCAGCGGAUGGUGGGGCUGCUGGGCAUCGCCGCCUGCGAGGACAGGCUGCUCUGCGUCGAGGGACAGAAGGACGGCAACUUUAAGCGAUCCGGCUUGAGAAAAUUGGAGUACGACCCUUACACCCCCGAGAUGAGGAAGAUGAUCAGCGGCUACAUCAGAACGGUGGACACGGCUCUGAAACUCCGAAAUCUGUCGGGGGUCCCGGAUGACUACUACCCGAGAUGAUGGUGACAACGGCGGGGGGACCUGACCCUGCGUGGCGAGGAAAAGCUCGGUCUUCCCGGCCUCUGCCUAUUCCACCCAGUGGGUGGCUUUUCUUUUAAUUCUCCAUCCGCUGCUAUUAGCUGUUAGUCCACUCCUGCAUGAGCAACGACGGUCCCCAGCCAUCGCUGAGCUUGCUUGGCCGACGCCGACGCGGACCUGGGCAUGGCGGCACCACCGCAGGGAUACGGGUGCCUUCCCCGCCGCGGGGUUCCUGCUCCAUCCCGCUCCCGUUUCGGCUGCCGCGACCCUCCUUGGCAACACGGCGGGUUACUUCUGCCCAUCCCCCGCCGGGCUGGCUGGCGGGGACGCUGUGUUGCUUGUGCCGUGCCCGACGCAUCCCCCGGUGCCGGCGCGGUGCCGCGGGAGCUGAGCUCCCCUGGGGUGGGUAUCCCCAAACUCCCCUGGCUCCUUGGCCAGCCCUGCCUGUUCCCAGAUGGAGCCCACCGGCUUUCCCGAGGGAGGAGGGACCCGGGGGGGGUGGCACCGCGCGGGCGAUGCUCCCGUGUAUCCCGGUCGGAGGUGAUGGAGAUGGGGAAAGCUGCGAUGCCUCCAGAGGUGGCUGUGUGUCCCCCCCCGCCGUGCACGGUCCCUUGGCUCCGUGGGGACCCUCCCUGAGCCUGGGGACAGGGGGUCCCUGGGGUGAGAGGGGUGUCCCCAGCCGCAGCACCGGGCAGCCCUGGGGGGGCCUGUGACCCCCACCCCGGGGGCUGCAGUCACCUCAGCCGUGGGCUGCGGGUGGGGGCCACCCCCACGCACGUGAACGAUGCUCGAGAGGGGGACAUUGGCCGCGGACAGAAGAGCUGACAGGACCACAAGCUUGUCUGUGCCUCAUUUCAAAAGCUCACGAGCCAGAACCGCCCCCACCCCCCACCCCCAGAAGCAGUUUUGGGGGCCACAAGCGAGAGCCGUGCUGCAGCCCAGCCGCACCAAACCCACGCGGCAGCGGGGAGCAAAUCCUGGGGCUGAGCUUUCCCAUGUCCCUCCGGCCGAAUCCAGCCCCCGCGAUGGGUCCCCUGCCCUGCCCGCACCCUGCCCACGAGCAAGCGAAACCAAAGGAUCUCUGUGCGCGUCGGGAAGAUGCCGUUCGCCAGGCUGGCUUUGCGCAGAGCUGCAUGCGGUCCCCAGCCGUGUCCCCCCCGCAACCACGCCGCCCUCCCAGCCCAUCCCCGUCCCGGCUUUGCCGCAGACGAGCUCCCUCCCCUCCUGCCAACCUGCAAGUCCCCAUUGGAUGUAGGUGCAAAAGCCAUAUAUUGUACGCAGCCUUUUCUAGAGUUAGGUAUUGUUGAACGAUUGGCUUUUAACUCUUGAUCUCGAUAGAAACACGUGCACAGGUCGAAAUCUAAAGACAGCGCUCAAUCUAUAUUCAAAGAGAGAGAAGAGAACUCCACGGAGAAAAAGGAGAAUUUAAAUAAAAUAUAUUUUUCUAACGUGUGCGGAGCGGACACGGGCAGCGAUGCCAGGGCUUGGGGGGGGGCUCCUGGUUGAUGUUUCUUUGUGUGGAGGUGGGCAAAAGUGUUUGUGGGGAGCAGCUGCCCUGUUUUUAACUCUUCCCUUGACAAAUGGCUGGAGGUUUUCUAGGAGAGCGGCUGAGCCCCAUCCCAGCAGCGGGAAUCGAGCUGACCCUGUGCUCCCUUCGCUCGCGGCGGCCCGGGGGCUGCCUACCUCGCUCAGAACAAAUCCUCAGGUCGAUCCAGCUAUUAAAGGAGAGUUUUUGUUGC